CUGUGCUCCCUGGAAAACGCACGUCACAUCGCCUGUGUUCUGACAAACCGUCUGAAUUGAUCAGCAGUCGUCAAAAACAGAUGUCUGUGGCAACAGCAAUGCUCAUUGUCUCAGCUUUACUUCAUUCCUUCUGCCUGACACAGCCGAACUUGGUGUACACGUUGAAUUUCAUGGCAGAAUUGCCGGUGGCAUCGACAGAGAUAGAGAGUAGUGGAUCUUGUGAUGAAGACAUCAACGUCAGUGAACGUCUACCCUACGUAGACCAGCCAGCAACAUACUUCGGUCUGUGGAAAGUUUGUACAACAAUCCUUCACUCCAGGAACGGGCGAAGGCGGGUCAAGUGUCACCGGUUUAGUGAUAACUAUGCAGCAGAUGACACUGGCAAGAACAACUCUAUGUCCCAACUAUUUUCCACCAAAGACUCAGAGAUAUUAUACUGCUGUCAGCUAAUUUACAUCGCAUCGCUGGUCUUCACACUGCAGACUCUCGUCUUUUCGUCUCAUCUGGACAAAGAGCUCAAACGGGUUUCUUGCUUAUUCACAACCUUGCGUUUUCGUUACACCGUUGUGAUUGGAUGUGCUGUUUCAGGAGUGACCAUGCUUUCUGGACAGAUAAUGUUCCUGUCCUUAAAGCUAUCAGACAUCGUCCAGGACCAAAGUUCUGCCCUAGCUUUGAGCUUGUUGUCCCCAGCUAGAAGUGUUCUCAACAACAGCUACGUCAGGAAUUAUCUGCUGGGGAGCGUUUCUGACCGUUGCUACGUAAUGGGACAUUUUUUCUGGGUAGACGUAUUUGCUACUUGUCUUAUUUUUAUUUCAGGGCUGUAUACAUGGUAUACCAAAACUGACACAGAGACGGUAUCGUAAAAAGAGUAAGUAAGAAAAAAAUGACUUUAGCUCUCUGAUGCUGGUACAUCAUUAUCACCAAUAAAUGUCUUAUUUUGAUAAAAA